UGCUCUAUCGUGUUCUAAUCCCCAUAGAAAUGAGAAAACCGAGCCUCACUUUAGCCGAAAUUUGAACCCAGUGAGAAUCUACAUAUGUAAAUUCACAACAUCAGCAAAGUAGGACCCACCUGCCUCCUUCAUCCGCCUCGACCUUCAUUUCUCCUGGAGGAGCUGCAACAUGCCCUGCAUAUUUAAUCCCGGUUACAUUGGACCCGAUCCGCCCUGCUGCGACCCGGAUUGCUUGGAGGAGGGCCACUGCACGGUUCCGGAGUGCGGAGUCUGUCCGGAGUCCCAGCUGCCACGAUGCAAUCCCGCCCCGGAGCCAAAAAAGAAGGCGGAACAGAAGCCACAGAAGGAGCAGAAGUGAAGAAAGUAGGCGGAGUAGUGGAGAGCUCCAGACAACAGCUCCGUCGUCCCUUGGAGGAGGGUCCUACGUCCAGCCAAACGAAAACUUUCUCCGACCUUUAGCUAAUAUACAAUAAUCUAUUAGCGAAUGGGUUUUAUUAAAACGGCUUAGUAAUUAUCCACUGCAA